GGAGCGGCUUUCUCACGUGACUCACUUUCUCCCGCCACUUCCCGCCCGAUUCCAAGAUGGCGGACAGAUAAUCGCUCAGGGACCAUCUUGGAAGGGGCGAGAGGCACAAGGCCUCUGAUAGGACACGAUGCCCCUAUCAAAGAUGAAUACGAAAGUCUCAAAGAACGGCGCCAUUGUGCCCCUUCCGGCAUACGCAACGCCGGUGAACGCUUUGCCGUGUGGUAUUCUCGCGAGAGUUUCUCUAUCGCCCGGGAGGCGCUCUGGUCUGGUCCCGUGAUGUCUAUGUCUCACACAAUUUUGCUUGUUCAGCCUACCAAGAGGCCAGAAGGGAGAACAUAUGCUGACUAUGAAUCAGUGAAUGAGUGCAUGGAAGGAGUUUGUAAAAUGUAUGAAGAACAUCUGAAGAGAAUGAAUCCCAACAGCCCAUCCAUUACGUAUGACAUCAGCCAGUUGUUUGAUUUUAUUGAUGACCUGGCAGACCUCAGUUGUCUUGUUUACCGUGCUGACACUCAGACAUACCAACCCUACAAUAAAGACUGGAUAAAGGAGAAGAUCUAUGUCCUCCUCCGCAGGCAGGCUCAGCAAGCAAGCAAAUAAUGGGGCAGCCUCAUUAUGGGGCUUGGGGAGGGCUUGGACAACAGGUCACUUUGAGAAGACACAUUGGGACUUAACUAUGGUAGCUAAAGAGUGAUUGCUCACCAGAGGAACAAAAUAAAGUUAAUUCACACACAACUUUUUUUUCCCUAUCGUUUUCAAAGACUAUGGCUUCUUCAGCAUGAGGAGUCAGAUACAGAGAUAAAAAUAAAUAAUAAAUAAAAUAAUUCCUUCUCUGCUCUUCUCUACAUUCUUGCUCUCUUGGGUCUAGAUUCAUCCCUGUGCUGGUGCAGAGCCAGACAAUGGGAGGUGGUUUGUGCCUCCCAGAUCCUGGGUUUGCUAGGGCUGGUUUGGGCUCAGAUGCUGGCUAGGGCUGCUGUAACAAGUCCAUGACCAUUUCUACUCUAGAACAUCCUCUGAGCCAGGGACUCCUGUGGGAACAGGGGGAUGCAGAGCUAGAGACCCCUUGUGCCAGGAGUAUUCCCUGGGGGCAUUGAACCACUAUAGGUAGCAAAGUGGCUGCACAACAGGUGUGAUUCUCCCCCAAGUCCCAGCUUUCUCUGACUGAUCUAAGAUUCUCUUGUGAGUCCCUUGCUCUUGAAACAAACUUUUGGCUGCUGGCUUGGGAAGCCAAAUAGCAAGUUUUAUGCUAUUAUGAUAUAGAAAUAGUAUUCUCCAUGUAAUCUCAGAGCUGCCUCCUCCAAUCAGAUGUUCACAAAACAAAGCAUUUUAAGUUGUUGGUCUAUUAAGACUAACUGCUUAACUGUACAGCUGACUGCAGAACACCUUUGGAGUUGAAAAACUACUGCUACAUCUUCCGCUAUGAAUGGCUAAAAGGAUUAUCGAGAAAGCCUUCUUCCAACUACAUAACACCGAUUGCUGCUUCAAGGCUAUGAUGGGAGAAAUAAGGUCUCUAGGUUCUGGGAGAUGCAGGAAGCUCAGGUGCUAUGUAUUCUGCCACUCCUCUCCAGUGGGUCUCUGAACUCUCCAGUCCAAGCCUCCUUUCAUUUAUUUAUUCUGACAGUUUUCAGCUCUAGGAAAUUCAUGUAUUCGAAGUACAAUUUGCAAAAAAGCCACUUUGUUUUUUCUCCCAUACACCUGUCAUCAUUGGGAAGUUGUUCUGCAGCUUGUAGUUCUUUUCCCCAUAGCAACAAUGUUUUGUAUCAGUUCAGACCGUACCACUAUAGUUGUGUACUUGAUGGGGGUGGAAGAACUCCACUGCUACUCUGCAUGGGUUGAGGUAUCAAUGCCCAGAGCAGACUAAACUGCCAGCUAACACCCUAUCUGUACUAACAGUGGGAAGAUCCUCUGGGGAGAUGCAUCAAAUUCAUUAAUGCUUUCAAGCAGGUAAUGCCUUAACUUCUGAUAUCAAUAUUCUUACCAUACUCUGUUUAAGUGUAGAACGUAAACUAGUGAUGCAGUCUCCCAUCUCCUGCCACCAUGUAAUACCCCCGUGAUUCAUGUAGUUUACAUCAUGUUUUUGUGGAAAAUUCAGCUCAGGUUUUUGCAUCAAACAAAGUAGACAUUUUGUAGAUCAGGAACUGUUGCAAGUAUUGUCAUCAGUCCUGCUGCAGAGGUUACAGCAUCAUCUGACUAAGAAAGUGCACUGAGAGGAUUGGUCACCAUAAUUAGUAAACGUUGCUCUUGCAUGUUUGUCUAAAUUUAACAUGUCCUCCUGAUUGAUCUCCAGAAAUCAUACUUGUUUCUCGUCAGUGUCUUCGUCACAUGGGCUCUCUAGUCUUGUCUGCAUUUUACAGCUGCAUUAUUCCAAAAACUCAUUUUGUCAUUGUAUAGUACUGCAUGCUUAACUAAAGUUGUAGAGCUGGGGGUCAGGAUCCCUCAGGGUCGCAAGGUUAUUACAUAGGGGGUCGUGAGGUGUCAACCUCCACCCCAAAUCCCGCUUUGCCUCCAGCAUUUAUAAUGGUGAUAAAUAUAUAAAAAAGUGUUUUGAAUUUAUGGGGGGGCACACUCAGAGGGUUGCUAUGUAAAAGGGGUCACUGGUAAAAAAAAAGUUUGAGAGCCACUGUUAUAGAGGAACUUCUGUAUUCCCAAAUGCCAUUUCAAAGCACAUGAAAUUUUGCCUUGCCUGAAUUGCUAGUCUGAGAUCUGGAAAAAGCACAACUUGUUACCUCUAAUGUUAUGUCCUCAUUCAAGUGUGCUGCCUCAAGGUUUCUGUCACUGUCUCAAGCUUCAAAAAGGAAUAAGUACCGUAGUCCUGGAUUUUGCUUCAUUAAUUACCUUUCAGUGGGCAAUUUUGAAUAGGUGUUUAAUAUCUUUAAUGUUUGACUGUAGCAACCAUAACCUUAAAGAUUACUGUUGCAUAUCUCAGAAAUUUUAUCAAGAUGGGACAAAUUUGAUUUGUACUCAGUUCAACUAUCUUGCAAUUGAUUUUUCUGCUUAUUUGACAAAACUACUUUUAAAAUUACUUGAUUUCAAUACAAAUCAAUGUUAAUCACAUUUUCUACAGUAUAUUGUUGAUUACGGUAACAGGAAAUUUAAUCCUGUUUAAAUCCAUUUAAUUGAGAUUGGUAUGCUGUCCUAAAGGAGUCUGGAGAAUGGAUAGUCUGGAGGCCUACAAGAUCUGCAAUAAAAAGAAUGACAUGCUAACAUAAUGCUCUCCCUGAUUUAAACAAGGAAGUACUAAGUAAACAAGCCUUUCCUCAGUCUUAUAAGGUAAGCGCUAACUUUUUUUUUUCUAAAUAGAUGAGAGAACCUGAGGCGCGGAGUGGGGAAGUUUUGUCCAAGGAGGGUAGUGUUGACUAAUGGCUAGGGCACAGGAGUGGGACUUGAGACCUGGGUUCUAUUCCCAGCUCUGUCACUGGCUUGCUGGCUGACCUUGGACAAGUCACUUCACCUCUGUGCCUCAGUUUUCCCAUCUGUAAAAUGGGGAUAAUGAUAUGUCCUUUUGUAAAGCACUUUAUCCAUGGUUGAAAAGUUAGUUAUUAAGAUCAGACAGAAAUCUGUGGCAGGGACAAGAUGGCUCAGAUCCAUUUACCAUGUUGCAUCUCCUAAUAGUCUGUAGUAGAGGACAAAGGUUCACACAUUUGAGAACAGUUUUAUCAACUUCCCACAAACCUGUAUGUUACGCAGACUAUGGUCCUUGAAAUUGUGUUUGUGUAAUUACAUGAAAUGCAAUACUUAUAGUCUUCAUGGCUGAAAUGUAGACUCAGCAGUAAAACUCAGUCAUUCUUUAGCAUGACCAUUUAUUUCACUGACGGCAAGUUUAAUAGACUGAGUAUUCCUACUUCUAAAGAGUAAGCGCGUACUGGUAUGGCUGCUUCAGAUGCUUUACAGAGUGCCCAAGAAGUGAUAGAUUAUGCACACCUUUCAGUGCUAUAUUAAUGAUGCUUUAGUUAAUCAGCAAUCCAUUGAGAGGGGGACAGAAUAUUGUCAGCCACUUCAGCUACAUCUUUGCCAUCGUUCCAAAUUUUGCCACCUGCAGAAAGCAAUAAGCCUGAACCCUAAGCCUGCCCAUAAACCAGGUCAUUCAACAUAGAACUCAAGUUACCAUACGCUAAAACUUCUUAGUAAUAAACAGGCUUUGAGUGUCUUAUUCUAAAGAGUUAAACGCUACCUAGCUUCCCCCUUCACAUUGCAGUAGUGCAGAGUGUAGGCAGCAUACCAAGUCUUUUGAAGAGGUAAAAGUGACCUGCAAAGGAAACAAAAUUGGGUUUGUCCCCUUUUUAGUGUUUUAUGAGGGAUAAAGAAAGAUGGAAAUAAAAAAUUUAAAUCUGGAAUAUCGUGGAAGAAUAUAGUAAGUGAAGAAGUUGUGAAAUUGCCAUCACAAGUAUCAAGAGACUGAAAGCAGAGCAACUGAGGAGAAGGGAGUUGUUGCCAGUCUGCUUUACUUUUAACUCCAAUGCCUAACAUUUGGAGAAAAGAAGCCUUUGUUAAAGAUUCAACAUUACAUCCUCAAAGGAGAGAGCUUGUAAUACAUGCAUCUCAAGGAAAACUCCAGCAACACCAUGGUGGACCAUGCCUGACAGUUCUAAUGUU